AUGCUAUCUCUCAUUCGCUGGCUAGGAAUAGUCUUUUGUUUCUGUUCUCUAGUUCAAACAUCCCUUGCAAGUACGAUAGCUGUCCGCCAGAAUGGUCUCAAGUUCUUGAUCGUUGGAGAUUCAAUCUCUCACGGCGCUGAGGGAGACUAUACAUGGCGGUACCGCCUGUGGCAAUGGCUGAGAGCUAACAAAAUUGGCUUCGAGUUUGUGGGACCAUGGCAGGGAACCUUUACGCCAGCAGAACCGACCGCUCCUCAACCUCCAUUACUACAAGGGCAGCCGCAACCUCAGACUCCAGAUCAGGUAAAGGGUGGAUAUGCACUAGAUGUUGACGCAGGGUUUGACAAAGACCACUUCUGUCAUUCAGGUCGACAGGCAGCCCAGGUUAAAAAUACAAUUGCGGCACAAGUCGCCGCGUAUCAGCCGGAUUACGUGCUUAUAGAGCUUGGUUUCAACGAUCUGGGGUGGUUCAUCAACGGACCAGAUGGUUUGCUAUCAGACAUGAAGCAACUCGUAGACAACGCACGCAAUGCGAAGGGAAACAUCAAGUUUGCAAUUGCGAACGUGCCUCAGCGUACGCGUAUCAACGGACGACAAGACUUGAUUGAUAUGACUAUCGACUACAACUCGAAACUGGCAACGGCGAUCCCAGGAUGGAGUACACCGAACUCGCCAACCAAGCUUGUUAAAUUUAGUGAAAACUAUGCCUGUGGGCCGGAUAAUUGUCCCGCAGCCUUUGAUGGGCUGCAUCCAAACAAGCUCGGAGAAUAUCAGAUUGCACAAGCCUUCUCGCGUGUUCUCAACAAGGAAUUUGGUAUUGGGUCUAACGCACUCGACGUUCCUGCAAAUCUUCCUGCGCCAUCAUGUAGUGUUCCUGUCAAUGUCCGAGCCGUGACUGCGCCCUAUGGUGUUGCCGUGACUUGGGAUAAAGUUUAUGGUGCUAGAGGCUACAACAUCAGAAGCAAGCGUAGCUCAUUCGGUGAGUGGACAGAGACAUGGUAUGCACUUUCAAGCAACCGAUACAACCAGAUUUGGGUUCUGGAAGGAGAGACCUGGGAGUUUCAAGUCCGUACAAGUUGCGGAGACAAAACAAAGUCCAGCUACUCAGGUGUGGUAAGCGCGGUGGUCAAACAGAGCGUAGCUCCUGGGCCAAAGAAUAUUGUCAUCAAUCCCACUAGGGAUGGUUUCAAUGCGCGAUGGGAUCCGCCGGAUGGUGGCUUCAACGUGCAGCUUUACGAAGUUUUCACAUACGAUGUAGACGAGCCUUGUGCCUGGCUUCUGUCGCGCGGCAUCAAAGGUAACUCCAUCACAGUCAGCGGCCUCAAGUCGGGACACAGACACGUAUUGGCCAUAAGUACGUGGACAGACCUAGGCCCUGGAUUCCCAUCCGUGCCACCUCGAGUCAAGCCUGGAGCAGGAGCACCUGGCGCGCCCUCAAAUCUCAAAGUAAACACCAAAGACGGAACUACGGUUAUCUUGAAUUUUGAUGGCUCUGCCGACGCUGCCAAUUAUCGAGCAUGGACGCGAAAUAUCAAUAACGCCUCAGACUUCUCCAAGGCCGACCAAUCUGUGGUUAGCCAGUCUUGCUUAGGUAUUGCGUUUCUUUUCCCGGGAGUCUGGAACUAUGAGUUUUGUGUUACUGCUAUGAAUGGAAAUCUCGAAAGUCAAAAAUCAAACUGUGUUGUAGGUUCCAGAGACGUUACUCCUGGCGUAUCAGAAUGCCCGGCGGAACCGACGUUUGAGUGUGGUUGGGGUUCGCCUGGAAAUGGUGGCGAUGGUUCUGGCCAACCAGGC